AUGUGCCGCGCCUCCUUCCCCGCCCCCCGAUCGCGGCCGGAGCCGGGGAGGCAGCGCCGAGCCGAGCGGGUGCCGGGCGGAGCGAGCAUGAAGGACCGAACGGGGGAGCUCCGCGCGGCUAAGGACAGCGAUGAUGAUGAUGAAGUCACCGUUAGCGUGGACCGGGAUCGCUUCAUGGAUGAGUUCUUUGAACAGGUGGAAGAAAUUCGAGGGUUCAUCGAUAAAAUUUCUGAGAAUGUGGAGGAAGUGAAGAGGAAGCACAGUGCUAUUCUUGCGUCCCCCAACCCAGAUGAGAAAACAAAGGAGGAGCUCGAAGAAUUAAUGUCUGACAUCAAAAAGACAGCAAACAAAGUGCGCUCCAAGUUAAAGAGUAUUGAACAGAGUAUUGAACAAGAGGAAGGACUGAAUAGAUCAUCUGCUGACCUGAGGAUAAGGAAAACGCAGCAUUCCACAUUGUCGCGCAAGUUUGUGGAGGUGAUGUCUGAGUACAAUGCCACCCAGUCUGACUACAGGGAGCGCUGCAAAGGGAGGAUUCAAAGACAGCUGGAAAUCACUGGCAGGACCACAACCAGCGAGGAGCUGGAAGACAUGCUGGAGAGCGGGAAUCCAGCCAUCUUCUCCUCCGGGAUCAUCAUGGAUUCCAACAUCACCAAGCAGGCGCUGAACGAGAUCGAGACGCGGCACAGCGAGAUCAUCAAGCUGGAGACCAGCAUCCGGGAGCUGCAUGACAUGUUCAUGGACAUGGCCAUGCUGGUGGAGAGCCAGGGCGAGAUGAUUGACCGCAUUGAGUACAACGUUGAGCACUCUGUGGACUACGUGGAGCGGGCUGUGUCUGACACCAAAAAGGCUGUUAAGUACCAGAGCAAAGCCAGGCGGAAGAAGAUCAUGAUCAUUAUCUGCUGCGUGGUCCUGGGCAUCGUCAUCGCCUCCACCUUCGGCGGCAUUUUCGGAUAG